CCUCCCCUCCUCGGGCGAUCGCCAUCGCCGCCGCCCACCGCCCGCUCCGUCCCGCCGCGACCGGCGGCCGAAAGUGGCGGGGCGGCGGUCCAGGGCCCCCACCAUUCCUGACCUCCCUGUCUGUCCGCCUGCUGCUGCUGCUGGUAUCCCACCGCACGGAUACGCGCGCACGUUUCGCGCAUACGCCACUGCUGCUGGCUUUGACCUCGGGGGCGCGAUCCCUUGCUCCUCUUGACUCGGCCCUCGCUCCCGUUCCUGCCUCAGCUGCCGGCGCCUGGUCGCUGUACAUCGCCACAGGGCUCCAUUUGCUGCCCCCCUUGUCCGUUUCUUCUUCCGCUCCUCCUUGGAGUUUUCUCCGGCCUCGCUCGCAGCUGCUGGCCGCUGCCGAGCUUCCUGAAAGGUUUGUGUUGGAGGCUACAUGCCAUGGCCCUUGAGGCAAAACAAGCUGCUCAAUGUAUCAAGAGAGUUUUGAGGCUGUCUAUUAGAAAAGGCUAUAGAUUUGUUUCUGAACACCCAAUCCUCUUCGGUUUGGGUGUUUUGCUCUAUUUAUUGUACAGAUCUUCGCCAGGGUUCUUCGCGUUCCUGCUUUCUUCUUCACCUGUAAUUAUAUGUACUACUCUUCUUCUUGGAGUCCUACUAAGUUAUGGUGAAAUUAAUCUUCCCGAGGCUAGUGAAGAUCACAAGGGAACUCCAGAAAUUUCAGCUUUCAAAGUUGGAAAUUCAUCCAGUGAUAUUCCUUUUGAAGCAAAUCAGAGACUUCCAGUGCCUGAAUUCAGGCAGGAUACAUCAAACUUCAAAGAGAGGGAAAUUAAACAGACAAUUUCCUUCAAAGAGAGGGCUAGCGAGCAUGUUGAUGUGGAUGAUGAUGUUCCUCUUCUGAAGAGAGCUGAUGAAGAAGAUGAGAGAGGCGAUUGGCGUAACAUACCUAGAACACUAACACCAUUUUCUUCUAUGGUCAAUCUUCACCAAGAGUCUGGGAUCAAGGAGGGCUUGAUCUUUAAUAAGAAAAGAGAAUCAGAAGGUUCAUUUUUCAUACAAGAUAGGGCUGACAGGCAGACUAGCCUAUUUGAUGGUGCCCAUCUGAGUGGUCUGAAUCACAAAGAUACAUCCUUAGGUUUGUUUUCAUCCAAUGAGAAUGUUAAUAAACAUGUUGACAUGGAGGAAAAUCUGAAUCAAGAGAGAGUUACAGAUUCAGCAGCUAGCAAAGAUAGAGAGGUUUCUGAGGAGAAGCAAACUGAAGAGCGUUCUGGAACUAGUAAAUCAGCUUCUUCUAUUUCUUUUCACCAAUGUGAACAGACUGUCAGGCUUAAUGUUGAUACUAGAAAUAUUGCUGAGGACAAACUGCUUGAUUCUUCUCUUGGCUCACCAUGGGCAAGAGUUGGCAGUCAAGAUGGUUCAUCUGGUUUUGACUCUGAUGGGGAUGAGAGUUCUUCUCCUGAUGCUUCCAUGACUGACAUUGCUCCAGUUCUUGAUGAGAUUGACCCACUUCUGGGUGCCGAUUCUGCUCGUCCUGAUCCCAUUCCUAAGGAUGAUUCAGACACUGAUUCUCAUGCCUCAGAGGAUCAUCAAAUUGAUGAUGAUAGUAACGAUGAGGGUGACGACAAUGAUGCUAAAGAUAAUGUGGAGGGGAAGAAGAAAGAUGAUGGGAGAGAAGCUGCAUUUCUUUGGACAGCGGAUGAUGAAAAGAAUCUGAUGGAUCUUGGGUAUUCUGAGAUGGAAAGGAACCGCAGGUUGGAAAUUUUGAUGGCUAGGCGAAGAUCAAGGAAGAACAUAAGAUUUGAAAUCGACAAUAAUUUGAUAGAUGUCGACAGUAAUGGUGCUGGUAGAAGUUUAGAUGAUUUGUCACGCUUCCGUGCACAAGUACCUCCUAUUGCAGUGCCAAGAAGGAACCCUUUUGAUCUUCCUUAUGAUUCUGAAGAAGCAGCAAUUCCUGGCUCAGCUCCUUCAAUUCUGCAUGCACGGAAGAACCCAUUUGAUCUUCCCCUUGAACAGCCUCAUGACACUGGUGUCCCCGCGCGUGAUAAUAUAAAUGCUGGAGAAUCUGUGAUGUCACCUCGUCGUGACAUGAUCUUCAGAAGGCAUGAAAGCUUCAACUUUGGAGGGACGGAUGCAAUCCAGGAGAGGCGUUUUUCUAGACUCAAGCCAUAUUUUGUCCCUGAAACAGUGGAAUGGAAUGCGAGCAAUUUCCAAAGACAGUUCAGCGAUAAGAGUGAGUCUAAAUUGAGCUCUGUUACUGAAUCUGAUAUGGCUUCUUCAGUUGCUGAUCAGGAGGAUCACAAGGACCAUGAUGAAAAGGAUCUGCACAUGGAACACGAGUCACCUGCUCUAGUGAGACAGGAUAGUGACCUCACAGAUGUUGGAAGUGAGUGCUCAGAUGGAAUCAACUCCAUAGAUGUUGAACUGGACAACAGUGACAUUGAUGACCGUGAGAUUGCUUUACAUCAUUUUGUCUUUGAAAGAUCGCAAGAAAGGGAAGCACAUCUUGCCUCAACGAAAGGAAAGGGUCAUGAAGAAGAUUAUACACCCAAGUCAGCUGGGAAUUCCAAGAUGCCAUUUCAUCCAGUUCCUGACUUGCUUAGCUGGGAAGAUGGAGAUGGCGACAGCAGCCUUGGUGCUAAACCUUCUUUCCAACUUAACACAGAAGUUAAAUGCUCAGAAUGGGUUUCCUCCUCCUUGCCAACUGUGGAGGGUGAAUCACAUUCUGGGGACCUUCCGGAGUACCUUGACACUGAUGUUGCAUCAAGCUCAAAUACUGUUGUACUUGGUGGAAGCAAUACUGCUGAGAAAGAUGGAAAUGUUGAUCUCAUGUCCUAUUCAAACAAUGAAAUGCCAUUAGAUAACCUGAUUCAUGGGUCUAUGGAGCUGCCUUCUGAAUUUGUCACGGAAACAUUGCCGGUCAUAUCUAGGGACUUGCAUCCUAUCCCUGAGGAGAGAGUUGUCGAGAACUUCAGCAUGCAAGAAAAGCAUGAAACGGCAAUAUUUACUGAAUCAGUUGCUUCCUUGACUGGCUUGCAUGUAAUUGAAGAGCACUUUGAUGUUGGAUUUGACAGAAGUCUGAGCUCUGUUUCCUCAUAUCCUCGAGCUAGUGAUGCCAUCGAAUCUCCAUCAAGUGAAUAUGCAGCAGUUUCAAAUCCCUUUGUUUCCAUGGCUUCUGAACCUAACAAGGUGGAUAUAGGUGAUAUGAACAAUGAAGCAACUGCAGGAUAUCUGCUUGAUUCUGAUGACGAAGCUGGUAAAAUCUAUCCUGAGCCUAUGGAAGAAAGUGGAAUUGAUGAAAGUUUCUUGUCGGAAUUGGACACAGUGGGAGACUUUGGAGUAGAACCAAUGAGACUGGACCAGCAGGUGCCAGAUCAGGGUUCCCAUGAUGUAAACCCGGCCAACGGUGUUGCUGCAUAUUCCAUGAUUAGCCCUCAGACUUCUGACAAUGUCUCCUUGACUAUUUCGGAAGCCAGCACUGGAGACUCCAGGGAGCAGUCUCCAGUGGUUGAUGACCUAAAUGGCCCUGAAUUUAGAUGGUCACUUGGAGCAUCUCAUGGUGACCCUGAGCAAACUGUCUACAAUCCUCAGAGGCGGAUCCUUGAAGCAAGCCCAUCUGAAGCAAUACACAUGGAGUUGAAGCAACCACACAAUGAGUCAGAAGCGCCUUCUGAUGAUACACCAGCAGCAGCAUCAAGUGAACUGGAGGUUGCUACAAAUGAGUUAGUGACAAGUACAACCAAUCCUGAGAUGACGAUUCUGGAUGCGAAGUCUCUGGAGGAUAUUAAGACUGCCUUUAAUCUAGUUAGUGAUGUGCCCGCCAUGGACACUGAAAUUUUACCCAUCUCAGGUGUUGAUGUUGAUUCAGAGCCCAAAGAGAGUGGAGAGCUACACGUCAUUGAUGCAAGAUCUGUCGAUGACAUUCAUGCUGCGUUCAAGGAGCACUGUGAUUCUGUUGAGAAUAGGUCUUUGGAAGAAAAUGAAGGUAAGGCUGGGUAUGAUGAGAGUGAGACUGCAGAAUCCACAAAGCAUGAUGAACUUACUGAAGCAUUACAUGCCGAAAGUCCACACAGUGUUGGAGAUGCUAGGGAGGUUUUACCAGUGGAGAGUACAAUAAAUAUGAUUUCUAAUGAGACGAAGACUCAGGAUGAAAUUGAUGCAGUGUUCAGCAAGGUCUCUGAUAGCAGUGCCAAGAGUACUGCACAGGCGGUGGAGUCAGAGGGUUCUCGUGAAAGAGAGGAGGAAAAUGAACAUCAUUGAAUGCUAAGUUGACAGCUGCAAGGGAAAAAAAUAGAAUGCCAUCUGAGAUGUUACCGAGUUUGGGAGAAAAAUGCUCCUUGAAGUGCGAAAGCAGCUACCAAGUAUUGAUGGAGCACUCUUGUUUAGCAUCAGGAGCCUGCCACUGUGCACAUACUUCACAAUACCUAAAAUACAAAGUUUUGAUUUAGAUUUUUUUUUUGUGAAUGAAUGUGUCUGUUUUAACUUUCUUUUGUUCUUUCAAGGUUUUGGUGGUUUUUUUAGUUUGAUUCCCCCCUCCUUUGGCUGUAAUUUUAAGAGGUGCAAGUUUUGCCCGGGCACCUCGGUUUGGUGACAGGGAGAUACAACAAUCUGUUGUACCAUGUGAUUGAGGUUUUGUUGUACUAUUUCAUUGAACUGGUGGAGUUGACAACAGAAGAAUUACAAAAGCAUCUGUUUACCACUUUACCUU